UUCUUCUCCAACACAUUUAUUCCCAAGAGAGAACAAAAAGUGUUCUCUCUACUCUUUAGUCUCCACCUUUUUUGUCAAUUGCUCCUCCCAAAAAUGGGCGUGACGAAAUCCAACAAAUCGUCGCAAAAGGCAAUGAUCAAGCAGAUGGUCAAACGCUGCUCCAGCUUGGGAAAGAAACAUCAUGGCUACGUCGACGAUGAAGACGAGGUUGUCGGGCUCCCCCUCGACGUUCCCAAGGGACACUUCGUCGUCUACGUCGGAGCUAACCGGACCCGCUACAUUGUCCCCAUCUCUUUCUUGACCCGGCCGGAGUUUCAGGGCCUUCUCCGGCGAGCCGAGGAAGAAUUCGGCUUCGAUCACGAUAUGGGUCUCACUAUCCCUUGCGACGAACACGUUUUCGAAUCUCUAACGUCAAUGCUUAGGUAAAAAAACCCAAGAAAACAGCCGGAAUUAGUAUCGGAAAAUUGGGUUAUUUUCGUCGCUAAAAAAUGACGGUUUUUACCUUUUUGUUCCCCCUAUAUAUUGUGUUGUUAUUAUUAUUAACUAGCUAACUCAAAAAUAUGGGGUAUGAAGCAAUGGAGUCCUAUGGUAAUUUAUUUUUAAUUUUUUUUAAAGAAAUAUUUAUUGUAAUAUGUAAAGUUGAUGAUGAUGAAAAGUUUGUGUUUUUCCUCACGGCGGUUUUGGACGACUUUCGUCACUUUGUACCCUGUGGGAGAGAGGCUUUCAAUCACAGACUUCAAUGGUUAAUAUAAUUAUAUUAAUGCACUUUUUUGCUUUGUUUAUUUCAAAA